CGCAGGACAAGCAACCCGGAAGGAGGAGAGCUUUUCGAAUUGAAUGAGCUGUGUCUUGGCAAAUUAUUAGCGUUAAGUAUUACUGUUUUAUUUUAACUUGUCUUCUUGAAAAUCUGUGCGCUGACUUCGGAAACGCGAUUGUUCUGAGAGAUUAUAAGGCGUAGGAUAUUCGAAUUUUUGUUUUACGUUGCCUUUUUAAUUUCGACGUGCUGCCUUAUGCACACUAAAAUCGUAGCUCUGCCAGGGUUGUAUUUUAUGUAUUGAAAAUAAAGCGAAGAGUGCGACCGAAAUUAAUUUGAAAGUUGUUUUUCUUUUAAAAUUAUUUUAAAAUUAUGGACAUUAUACUGUUUCUUCAUAGAACGAUCGAUUGACAACGUACGGCCGAUGAUGUGUAGGUUCAGUAAAAUGCAGCUUACUUGACGGUCGUUUUUGUGCAGUUAGAGAAGUUUAUUCAAAUUAAUGAUACACCCAAAGCUGUCGGGUAAAUCACGGAAAUUUACUAUUGUCUAUGAUAUAUUCAUUGAGCAUUUAUUUACUGCAGAUUAUUAGAAUGUCAAUUAUUAUUAUCAGAAUAUUAACAGACUAUGAGAUUUUGUAUAUGUUUAGUUUAUUUCAGAAUUAUUGCAAUAAUUAAAUAUAUGGCACUGAAGUGCAUACUAAGCACUUUUGAGAACAGGACAUUUUUGUUGGUAUACAAAGAUUUCAUUUUUGGAAUGGCAGAAACUUUGACCAGUUGGAUAUAAUCCACAGUAUGGGUAAGAAGAAGGAAAAAUGUCGGAAGAAAACCCUCCUCCAAAAAACGUUGGAUGGGACUACACCCACUUUAAACAAUUGCAUCUCUCAGAAGCACAAAAUUUGCAUGGUUUCCGAUUUCUUCUACCCAAAUAUGGGAGGAGUAGAAAGCCAUAUUUACCAGCUGUCCCAGUGUUUGAUUGAACGAGGACACAAAGUCAUCAUUGUUACCCAUGCUUACGGUAACAGGAAAGGCAUUCGCUUCCUCACAAAAGGGCUCAAGGUUUACUAUUUGCCUCUGAAGGUCAUGUACAACCAGUCCACUGCAACAACAAUCUUCCACAGCCUACCUCUCCUCAGGUGCAUUUUUGUCCGGGAGUGUAUUACAAUUGUUCAUUCUCAUAGCUCUUUUUCAGUUCUGGCCCAUGAUGCUUUGUUCCACGCCAAGACAAUGGGACUGCACACUGUUUUCACAGACCAUUCACUUUUUGGAUUUGCUGAUGUUAGCUCAGUGCUAACAAAUAAACUUUUGACGGUUUCUCUCUGCGACACCAAUCAUAUUAUCUGUGUGUCCUUUACGAGCAAGGAGAACACAGUCCUGAGAGGUGCACUCAAUCCUGAAAUCGUCUCUGUUAUUCCUAAUGCUGUUGAUCCAACUGACUUCACUCCUGAUCCAUCCAGGCGGGAAGAUGGGAAAAUAACUAUUGUAGUGAUUAGCCGACUUGUGUACAGAAAAGGUAUAGAUUUACUUGCUGGGAUAAUUCCAAAACUUUGCCUAAAACACCCAGAUUUGAAUUUUAUAAUUGGUGGAGAAGGACCUAAACGCCUUGUGAUUGAGGAAGUCAGAGAAAAAUACCAACUUCACGAACGAGUUCGUCUUUUAGGAGCCUUGGAGCACAGAGAAGUGAGAAAUGUUUUGGUGCAGGGCCACAUAUUCCUCAAUACAUCCCUCACAGAGGCUUUUUGCAUGGCAAUUGUGGAAGGCGCAAGCUGUGGAUUGCAGGUUGUUAGUACAAAAGUGGGUGGCAUCCCAGAGGUGCUUCCUGAAGACCUUAUUAUCCUUUGUGAACCCACGGUUAAAUCCUUGUGUGAAGGUCUAGAGAUGGUGAUUGCCAAGGAAAGGGCAGGAAAUCUUCUGUCACCUGCUGCCAUUCACAACAGAGUGAAGACACUGUACACUUGGAGGAAUGUAGCCAAGAGAACAGAAAAGGUUUACGACAGAGUUGCUAAAGAAGUUGUCCUCACUAUUGAUGAACGACUUCACAGACUAAUGUUCAGCUGUGGUCCUGUUGCUGGAUGCAUUUUUGCCUUUCUUGCAGUGCUGGAUUUUCUGCUCUUGUUACUUUUGAAAUGGCUUGUGCCAGAGUCCUAUAUGGACAGAGCUGUAGAUGCCACAGGUCCUCACGGGUUAUGGAGACAGUGGAGCUUGCCAAGAGCAAGUCCAAAUGGUGAACAAAAAUCAAACUACCACUUAAGUCACUCUUCAGUUGAAUUGUUAAAUGAUGCCAGUUGCUGAUUAUAGUAUAAACACUGUGUUAAACAAUUUCAGCUUAGCUUUUUUUUAUACUGUAAAAUGAGUUGUGCAUGUGAUUUUUUUUCUUUUUUUAAUGUAGCCGUCUCUAUACUGUAAAGUAUUAGAAAUAUGUAUGAACAGAUGCAAAUCUAAAUUAUGUACAAAACAUACUUUAUGAAAAGGGCUAAAAAUGUUAUUUUUUAACUUUCUUUUUCAGAAAUAUAUUAACAUAAAUAUAUUAACAUCAUAUGAUUAUUAAUAUAUUAAUUAAAAACAGUUAUAUACAUACUUUCAUAGAUAUCAUUGUUUUUGUUUUGCAUAUUACUUUUUAAAAAGCAAAUGUUUACUUUUAUUGAGUUAUUCUGAAUUUCCAGAAAGAUUAUGUGAAUAUCAGCCAUUUUAAUAAAAGAGUAAAACGUAAGCUUUUUUCAAUUUUCCAAAUUUACAUAGCUAUUAAUCUUUUAGUCCCUUUUAAUAUUCUCACAUUAUAGUAUAUGCAAGCAACUUGUGGGGGAAAAAAACUUUUCCUUCACAUGUUGCAACUAGUUUGUAUUACUCAGCUGUGCAAAGACAUUUGUAAUGUGACCAUGUCCUUAUGUUUUAAUAGUGUAUGUCCUAGCACUCUUGUCUUCCACCAUAGUUGCAGAAAAGGUAGUGUCAGGAAUCUCUAACCGAACUGUUCUUAAAACUAUAAAAAACACAUUAUGUAUUUAAAAUAACUGCAGAAAUCAAAACUAUAUAUGUGUAAAAUUAAUUAUUUGAAUUUUAAACAAUGACUGCAUCUCUGAGGGGAAAGGUUUAUGUAGUUGUUAGUGCAACAUAGUGUUUCGAUAAUUGCAAAUGCCACUAAAGUGAAAAUUGUUUACACUCCAAAGAAAUAUUUUUGUGCUUUAUAAAUGUAAAAUUCUAUAUUGUCUUUUAUACAUUAUUUUGCCAAGUGUUAGUCUUAUAUAUUAUUGCACUGAAUUUGCUGGAUUGAAUGUGUUGUGUUGCACUGAUUUUUGUUCAGUGUUUACCUCAGAUGUAUGAUAAUUAGAAUUUCAUUUUUGCUGUUUAUGUGGUACUGUGCAAAAAUAGUUAACAUUGUGAAAGCGUAGCAGAUUAGUGUGCAACACGUAAAAAUAUUAAAUAAUGAACUAACUUUGGUAGGGUAAAUUGCAAAUUGUUAAUAUUUGACAGAGGAGUAUUGUCCUCGGAACUUGCAAAUGUCUAUUGUCAAAAUUUCACAAUAAUUUGUAGUAUUCAAAAAUGAGCAUGGAUAAAUAAUUGGUUUUAAAACAAAUCAUGCAGCUUCAGUUCUGUUUAUUUUGUGUAAGUCUGUAAAAAAGUUUGCCAAAUUAGUCUUACCAGUUUUUGCCGAUUAUAUCUCAUUUGGUAAAUGAUAUGGUUAAAAAUAUUGACCAUUAAGUGUAUUUUAAAAAUGUUAAUGAUAAAACUGGUUUCUGUAUAAUAAACCUAAUUCUGAGUUUGUAACCAUUCUCAAAAAUGAAUUGAAAAUGAUUCAAGCUGAAGUAUAAAUUUGAGAAUUUGACAAACAUUUUUUUUAUCAAAAUAAAGAACUCAUUGCAACAAAUGUCUUAAUCUGAACAU